GCAGUUUUAGCUGCUCUGAUCAAAUCUUCUUGGCUCUUGACUGCUCAGAGUGUUUUUUUACAUUUAUUUUAAAGAGCUGCUGCAACUUUCAACACUCAAAGAGACAUGAGGGCAUCUUCAUUGUCGUUCUUUUUCCUGGCUCUCCUCCUGUCGAUGUCCCCCGUUUUGUCAUGUCGUAUUGGAAACAGCAGCGAGUGUGAUUCCGCCAGUUUUGUACCAGGCCACAAUCUGGUGGGAGAAGGCUUCGACGUGGUCAGGCUGCAACGAAAAGGAGCUCAUGUGAUCGAUGUGAAGACCUACCUCACAGCCGAUGGCUCCUGCACCCUCUGCUCCAACUCUCUCCAAGGAAACAGACUGCAAAAAUUACCAGUUUCUGUGAUUGACUGGCGUGCAUUCAGUCACUGCAGUGCUGACAUCUACAGCUCUUCCCACACAUCUGUCAGCUCGCUGAUUGAGACAUACUCUGCCCAGGACAGCAAUGACUGGAAGGUCGGUCUAGAGUUACAAAAGUAUGUGUCGGCCAACCUGGAAGUGGGAGGAACACGCUCCUCCGCUUACAAUUUUGGUUCACAAAGGACCAGUGUGGACCGCCACUUCUUCAGCAUACACAGAGUCACCUGCAGCCAUUAUAGUUAUCGUUCAUCAGUUAGACCACCCCUCAGCUCUGAGUUCAUGAAGGAUGUAGGAAGGCUGCCAAGCCACUACAAUUCCAACACCAAGGCUCAGUAUGAAGAGCUUAUUCAUAUCUACGGCACACACUACAUCAGACAGGUUUAUCUCGGAGGAAGGCUGAGGCGAGUGACUGCAACACGAACCUGUCUGGCUUCACUGAAUGGACUCUCCUCAAAUGAGGCGCACUCUUGUUUAUCUCAGGGCAUAUCCAUUGGUUUGGGUAAGUUGAAACUAUCCAGCUCUCACAAGUCCUGCAAGCAGGUUCUUGAGAACCAAGGUACCUCCACAACAUACGGCUCUGGCUUCCAUCAGCACUACACAGAUGUCUCCGGAGGCAAUGGAUGGCUAGGAGAGUUUUCAGUUUCCCAUAAUGACUCCAGGGGCUACCACAGUUGGAUGGCGUCUUUGAAGGAUCACCCAGACAUUGUUUCAUACUCACUUCGCCCAAUGUAUGACCUAAUGCCUAAUGAGGCCCAAAGAGCUGGGAUGAAGGCCGCUAUUGAAAAAUACUUGGGAGACAACGCUGUGAAACGGUCGCCAAAUGAACCAGCGUGUAAUGGCUAUACUCCGAAUCUUGCUACCAACUGCUGCCCCAUGCAGGCCAGAAGAGGAACCUUGGAGGUGACCAUCAUCCGAGGAUGGAACUUGAAAGGGGAUUUAACCGGAAAGACCGAAAGCUAUGCCAAGUUGUGGUUUGGUCCCCACGAUCGCCGGACUCACAUGAUCCGCUCAAAUGAUCCACGUUGGAACGCUUACUACAAUUUGGGCAAGGUGGACACAAAUCCUGGUUUAAAGGUUGAGGUCUGGGAUAAAGACGUGAAACAUGAUGACCUCCUGGGAACAUGUACGAAGUCUGUGAUUCAGGGCACACACAGAUUCACCUGCCCAGCUAAAAAGGGUGGCUUUGAGGUCCAGUACACUCUGACCUGUGACCCUCAUCUGACUGGAGACAAGUGUGAACGUUACAAACCAUCUCCAAAGUAACACGUUUCCCCAGCUUUCUCUGAUUUGAUCAAAUGUCAUAACUGCUUAUGUUUUUGUCCUACAUGAUAGAUUUUUGUUAAAAAGAAAUCUGACUGUCCUUUUGAUCAAAAACCUGACUGCAAUAUUUAAAAAUGGCACUGAAAAAGUCAAUGUUAUAUAAAAGUAAUUAGAAUAAUUUUCAAUCAUUUCUAUGUUGCCACCGUAACCCCACUUCCUGAUCACAUGUAAACAAAAUGUAUUAUUUGACUCAUCUUACGUUCAACUAUAAAUGUCAAAGAUGAAUAACAUAGAUCAACUUCUAAAGAAACUGUUAUUUCUGUAGUUUUAUUGACUAAACUUGUAUUGAACAUUAAAAGAUGUUACAAAAGAAUACAAAAGC